AUGCCGAGAUCGAGUAGCACGACCCCUGCAGCCACGGAUUCCACAGAUCCUCCAAGUAAUACGUUCCGGAACUCCGAGUACACGAGUGGCCGAGCCAGUACGUACAUCGACCAAGGUCCUGGCUCGGAGUCCGGUCGAGAUACCAUGAGCCUACGUCAGACUGAAAUGAAGCUCAUGGCCUUGGAACCAAGUGACACGUCAACGCCAGAACGGGUGCAAGACUACAAAGGCCGGAUCCGGACAUGGCGAGGAAUCAUUCUAUUGUUUCUGAUCGUCGGUGGAGCGGCUGCUAUCAUCACGGCGUGUGCUUUAAGUGAGAACGACAGCGCUGCUACUAGACAAUCUCGUUAUGAGAAUAAAACGGAAGAACGUCGCAGGAUCAAUGACGGUCUCACCGACGACGACGUAAUCAUCUCAGACGACGGACAAGUCGGCAACCCCAAGAAGUACCCCGAUAUGGGCUGCGAGCUUCCAGAUUACCAGAGUAAAAAUGGACAGAUCUUUGCUGUGUCCAAGAACGGAACUGAAGUGCCCGUGGGUAUCAAAGGUGUCAACUGGUUCGGCAUGGAAACGGGUCUCGCCAUCCCUUUCGGACUCUGGGAAAACAUGGACAACGGUACUUCGGUAUACGAGGUCGCUGCCUUCUUGGCACGCAACAAGUUCAACAGUGUGCGUCUGCCUGUCUGUAUUAAGAACAUCCUCAAGAACACAGCUCCUCAGAAAUCCCUCAUCAAUGUCAACACGAACCGUGCGAUCAACAUCACAACGUACAUUACCACCCUUCAGACCAUUAUCCAAGCUCUCGGAUACCGCAAGAUCACGGUUAUGAUCAGUCUCCACACCUUGGACAUCAAGAAGUCGGGAGGUGCGUGGUACAGUGACGAACUCGAUGUGACUGAGGAGCAGUUUUUGAAGGCCGUCGACAUCCUCACUAAGAACUUGUGCACUUCCAAAUACUGGAAUAUCCUCGGACUUGAUCUCAAGAACGAACCACACGAGUGUUCGUGGGGUGGUGCGGCUCCGGAUUGGCAGAAGGGAUCUACUCUCAUUGGCAACCGCAUGCUCAAGGGCUGUCCAAAUUGGAUGGCAUUCGUCGAAGGGAUCGCUGGCUCGGGCACUGUGACGGUUGGUGACAGAACCGACACAUACUAUGACUGGUGGGGCGGUGGUCUUCAAAACGCAGGGAAGAAUCCUGUUGAGUUAACUGCAGAGAAUAAGUUGGUGUGGGCCCCUCACUACUACAACACGGGUGUCUUCCCUGCCUGGUAUCUCUAUGAAUCGACUGGCGAUAAGGAUGAGUCUGGGGCAUUUAAAACAUACUCGGAGCUGGGCGACACCACCCUGCGAAGGAAUGUCGAGAUAACUAUGGAUAAAAUGUUCGGCUACUUGCUUGGAGUUGAUACCAACUCGGCGAUGGUCAUGGGAGAAUUUGCUGGUCUGUACGCUAAGGACAAGCACCCGAAGAAAACGACCAAACGUACUACCGACUUUACAAUCGACGUGAUGAUCCAGGCGGGAUACGCAGGUGGCUACAUGUGGUCACUCAACCCGGAGAGUGCAUACCAGUUCAACCCGGCUGACACGUUUGGCCAUUUCACGGAGGGUCUCCUGGAAGACGACUGGCUCACACCUAACAAGGUGUUCAUGGAGGGAAUGGCCGCACUGGACGAUGUUAAGGAUCUCAAGAUGUUUCCGUGCUUCCCUCAGAAGAAGGCGUCGUCGUAG